AUCCCGACUCAGGCCAACGUGUCGCUCGGAUCGCAUUCUAUCAGCAAUUUACAAAGGCACCGUCCGAGACCUCAGGUCAUCCAACCUAACCCACCGCGCAUUAGUCGCACUAAUACAUUCAACACCGACACGAUGUGCCACAAGAACAUAUACACCUACAUCUACCCUGAUGGGAACAACGCUGAGCAGAUCAAGCACGACCUAUGCGACAACUCGCGACACGGUAUGCCGUGCAAGCUCACCAAGACGUUCCAACACCCGCCUGAAUACGUCCGAUCUGGCCAAUUAAGCCCACCUGGAUACAGCCUUGGCCAAUUCCCGCCGACUCCACCACUCUCGUCCCACUCUGCUUCUGACUCGGAGCAUUCUUCUUCCAAAGGGCGAUCAAGCAUCUACAUCAAUGGCGAAAAGGUGGUCGAUCCUAGUAGGCGCUCGUCGCGACGCGACAAGGGCGAGCGCACUGGUGACCGUACAGUCUACGUCGACAGCUCACCGUUGUCGCGCACACCACCCCGCAGAUACAGCAUCUCGCGCAGCACGCCUUCUACCCCCCACGAAGAGACCAUUCGCGUGAAAGAGCCGCGACAACACGAGACGAGCCCAGACGAGCGCGAAAGAUCCACCUCAUCGCGCCGCCGACAAUCUAUCGAAGUCAGAAUAGUCAAUGAACCGCGACAUAAACGACACGAGUCUAGCAAGUCGAGCAAAUCAAGCUCGCAGGAUAGUGAUGAUGACGAGGAGCGUCGCCGCAGGCGCAGGAACAGCCACGUACGGUUUGAAGACGAGGAGGAAGAAGACGAGAAGAAGAGGGAAGAGAGAAAGAAGAAGAUACAAUCCGAAAUCCAGCGCGCAAACGAGGAUAUCGCCAAUCGCCCUCCCGUCCCUGCUGCAACAGCCCCGGUCAACACCAGAUACCGUCGGGGCUCAGUCGCGGUCGAUCCUAAAGAUGCUGCACUUGUACUUCAAAUGGACCAGCUAAGCCUAGAACGCGAACGACAGGCCAAUCUAGACCGCGAAAAGCGGCGGCUCGAGAAGCGAGUGGCUGAACAGCGCAAGCGUGAGCGCGAGGAAGAAGAGGCGCAAAGGCAGCGAUUGAGGAACCGCAUGGCCCCUGACCGUAUGACACCUAACCGGCGGGCCACUAUCAGCGACAGCCGAAGCCUUGGGCGCGCUCGACAGAAGAUUGUCUACGAAGAUGGGAGAUACUACUGGGAAUAAAAUACCAUAAAACAACCGCCAAAAAAGGGUGAAAACAGUGUAAAAGAAAUUACCAAGAAAAAAAUACAAAAAUAUGGCAUGUAAAGGAU